UUCCCUUUUGAUAUUUGCUAACACAACAACCUAUGAAUUUUUUCAGUUUUUCUGAUCUCAAGAAACGAUAACAGGUUGCUCUUAGUGAAUACGAAGAGAAGAAAACCUUUGAAGGACCGUAAGAUGACUACUCUUCCUUGGAUCACAUCGCCAAUAUUAGCAAAGUGUUCUAACUGGGUGCCAAAUAUUGGAAUAUAAAGGAGAUUUUAGGCUUCUCGUUCAUGCAACUUCGACAACUCUCAUUUUUGCCUUCAAAUAACUACAAUUGACUUGUCUGCAAAGGGAAUAUCAAAACAAAAUAAUUCCAAUAUUAUUGGCAUUGAAUUUGGUUGAAAUUUGUAGAGCAUUAUUUUGAAAAAAAUUGUAAGAUGGGUCAUUUGGCGCUAGGAGAAUAAUUAGCAACCUAUUUUGAGGGAGCAAAGUUUUUUAGCGGGGAUUACCUAGUUUUCACAGUCUUAGCUUACUUGAUGAAAAUUUUGCCACAUAAGUCCCUUCCUAAAUGCAAUUCUUUGUUUUCAUCCGUCCCGAAAGUUCCUGUUGUAUCGGCCAUUGAUUCUGUGCGUUUGUUGUUGUAAGUGUUGCCGACGGAGGAGCAGCAUUUACGUCAUGGCUUGUUGUUGAUUCCCGUUGACAAGUAACGGCCUACACGAAGGUUCGGUUUCGGAAUGAUUCUUUUAAAGUUCACAGAUAAUUAAAACCAGACUGUCACUAAUGAAAGCCAGUUAACCUUCUUCGUGUUAGUUGCGGGGAGGCUCGUACUUGGAGGCAGUCAAGUAUAACGGAAGAUAUCGAGUUGCAGCUUCUUAUCUUCUUAUCUAUACGACACCGUUCCACUUCACCAGCCAUUUUGAAAUCUCUUUGAAAGAAUUUGCAUUCAAGCCAUCAGCUGUAUUUGACGAUGAUGAGGAUGAUGAUUGUGUGUUCUCAGAAAAUACAGAUCUAAUGGAUCUUGAUGAGUUUCUUUCAGUCCAUGAAGGGAGAGCUGCUGAAGAUGAGAAGGGUCUGUCUGGGGGCAGACAUACAAGUGACUUGCUAUCAGACCUUUUGCAGACUGUCCACAAGAAUCUUGGCAUCCCCCGAGGAAGCCAGCCUUCUGCUUUUAAAAUACCUGGAGAUGGCUUCAAAGGAAACUCAAAUAAUGGUUCUAGCAAAGAGAAAGGUGAUAGAUACCCUCUUUCGGAUCAUGAGUAUGUAAAUAAAGAGUGCAAAGUUGAAGUUGAGAGUGAUGAAGAGGAGAACCAUGAAGAUGAGAUUGAGGAUACAAGAAAGGAAGUUGCCAGACAGGGAAAAUCAAAAAGAAGGAAGUCCCAUACAUACAGAUACAAUCCUAAACCUGUGCAGAAAAAGAGUUGCAGAAACUUUGUUCCAGAUUCAUUGAAAGACAUUGACUAUUGGGAAAAAAGAAAGCGGAAUAAUUUAGCUGCAAAGAAGUCACGAGAGGAUAGAAGGAGAAAAGAACUUGAGGUGUUAAACAAGAUGGCCAAUCUUGAACAGCAAAAUGCCGAUUUGAUGGAUCAAGUUAAAUCGCUAGAGGAAAAGAAUAAAAUACUUUUGAAGAAAUUGAAGGAUGCAACAAGUACCAAGGUUUGAAGGAAAUGGCAUAUUUUAAGAUAUGCAUGUACCUGUGUGUUCACAGUUCCCUAAGCAGGUUUUUGUCUGUUCCAGAAUUCAGUGACAGGAAGCCAAACUUGGGACCAAAACUGUGCUCAUCAACAAAGUUUUGGAAACAUGAUAAUUGGCCAAUUGGCUAACCCAAAUCUAUGUCAAGCCAACAUAGGAUGCCUACUUGCUGUAUUCUUGUUUCUGUUUAUACACUGGAGGACAAUUGAAAGUAGAAACUUGUAGAAUCAACAGUGAAAACUGUAAAUAUUUUCGUUUUUCAACAUGUUAUUGUUCAUAAGCAAAUCAGUUUCCAGAUGUAUUGUAAUAUAACGUGAUGCUGCCUUAGUUUAUCAACAUGUUUUCCCAACCUAAAACUCAAGUAAAAAAACCAUCCAUAAAGUUAUUGGUGCUCAUAAUGUCUUGGUUUGAUUUAACAAAUAUGUAAGCCAAUCUGUUGUCCUUCUCAGGGUGAGCCAGAUUGAGAAGCUUUGUCAUAAACAAGAUGCUUAACAAUGUUCAGUAGAAACAACUUUGUAAUAAUGAUUAAUAAACAACCUGAAUGCAACAAUUUCCAAGGAUCUUCAUUUACCCGAUAUCAAUUCAAUGUCUUGUGUGUAGUGUGUGUUAAACAACCCUCAAGUCAUUUCUAAUUCUCUUACCCACAGUAGAAAAUUAUGUUUCUGAGCUCUCCUAUACAAACUCUUUCUGUAAGAUACUUAGCACUUGCAUGUUGUAGUUAUCUCAUUAGUUUUGCCCAAUUAUAACAAAAUCGGUAUUUUUCUAAAGGUUUUUUUGUUUAGAAUUGGUGUUUUUGUAAAUUGUGUGUGUUGGUUUUGUUACUUUGUUAUGUUGAUGUGGGUAAUAUUAAAAGUGUAAAGUGAAAUGUAAGUAAGGUCUAGGACCAUGGAAGCAAAGACAAUGAAUUGUCGAGAAGAACACAAAA